GCCAUGAAUAGCGCGUGGCCUCACUCUAGGAGGGGAAGAGGACACAGGCAUAAAGACCAGGGUCGACCGAACAGGGACAGGGCAGCUGAGCAGAAAGCUGAAGACUCAGUGCCCCAUGGCAUCUGUAUGACAAUGUGCCCUGCCUACGAGUUACGCCAGCGAGAGGUACAGAAUAGACUGCACCGAUUUGAGAUGGUGGCCGGCACAGAGCGUUAUCGCGUACCGUGUGCUGAUGUCUCACGUGCUGUCAAAGAAUACUCACGGCCUGCUGCAGGAAAAGACUCCACACGAUCCAGUGACCUUCGGCCACCAUCCGUGCUUUUAAAGACAGUGUGUUAUCUAGUCGAUGCCGUUGCAGCUUCCUCUAUAUUUCAGCCAUGGACCGAGGUCUACAGCUUUGUGUUUGACCGUCUGCGCAGCGUUCGACAGGACAUGAUUAUCCAGCGUGUGUCUGGGCCGGAAUGUAUAGCCGUGCUGGAGAAAAGCGUACGUUUCCUCCUCUAUGCCUCCUACAGGCUCUGUGGACAGCCACUUCAGCACUACGACCCACGUAUCAAUGACACUCACCUGCAGGAAAGCUUGAGCUGGCUGCUGGAAUGCUACAAAGAGGGAAAGCACCAGCAUCAAGAGGAGUUCCAGGCCCUGAAUCUGCUCUAUAAUAUGGGUUCAUUUCAUGCCACGCAACAUGCGCUUGAGCUGCCAGAGCGAAUACGUUGCUCUCCAGCUGUUCAGCUGGCUUUGGCAGUGAACAGGGCAUAUAUGGAGCGCAACUCAGUUCGGCUCCUCCGUCUAUCUCAGAAACUGGACUUCAUGCAGGUCUGUGCCCUUCACAGACACCUACUUACCAGCAGGAGAGACCUGCUCCUGGUCUUCAGCCAUGGAUACAGCAGCCGAAACUGCCGCUACCCUCUUAAGAGACUGGCACACCUACUUUUUCUUAAAGAUACGCUGGCUGCUGAACUUUGCCAGGUGCAUGGUGUAAAUGUCAGUGGGGAGUGGGUGAACUUCUCUAAGAGCUCUUUCACUGAAGCUCUGUCUGGGGAUCCGCAGUGCAGGCAUAUGCAUGAGCCAGUGGAUGACGAGCACUGGAACUGUUCUGCUAGCAGUGGCAUUUAUGAUUGUGCCUGAAACCUUCAGUUUUAAAAGGGAUUGUUCAGUAUAAAUACAGUAAUUUAAACAGCUUGUGUUCUUUAUUUGCAGCAUUUGUGUCUUUUCCUGUUAUCAUGUUGUAUUAAUUUACUAAUGAAUAUUUCAGAGCCAUUUCACAGUUUUGUAGUGGUCAAGAGACUUGUGAAGUUACAAUAAAUUUUUCAUGUAUAUAUCCUUUUUUUUUGUGUAUUGCAAAAGGACAUUAUAUCUAAUGUCUUAGAACAUCAUACUGUACAUUCAUUUGAUGUGAACAGUUAAUAAUGACCCUAGUGUAAGCAAAAGACCACCUAAAACAAAACAAUUAACCUAUAAAGCGGUGUGAAUCAUAUUUGAUACAUGGUUUUCUAAUGCCUGUACAUCGCCAACAUCAUCAAUACUUUGGUGAAAACCCUGUUGUAUGCAAUGCAAUAGAUAUCUACUGCCUACUGGUGAAAGUUUCUCUGCUCUUCUGGAAGUAAUAGACCUUGUAAUAUAAUAAUUUAAAAGCCUGCCUUCAGACUGUGAUGCACGUGUCUUUUUGUUGUGAAAACGUUGCUGAUUUUUAUAAAAUAAAUGUAACUAUGAUAUAUUGUUACCAAUAUUACAAAAUGUGUUUUUGCUUAAUUGAAGCAACUUACAUUAAAAUGUAUCAAAUAUGAUACAAGGCUUUUGAAGUAUCUCUCUCAAUUAUCAUUAAAUUACAUUCAUGCCAACCACAAUAAAAAACAAAGAGCUUUGAAAGUGCUGACAUAUAAUUAUAUCUUAUACUGUAUAUUUAAAGUGUAAACUGAUAUAUAUGCAGCCUGCUCUGUCAUUAAAAA